AUGCCCUUCAGCCUAAAGAAUGCUGGAGCGACUUACCAAAGGAUGGUCGACAAACUUUUCAAGCACCAGAUCAGGAGGAAUAUGGAGGUGUACGUAGACGACAUGAUUGUAAAGAGCAAGGUCGCAAGGACACAUCUGGCCGACCUGGCGGAAACAUUCCAAACGCUCAAGUGGUUCAACAUGCAUUUGAGCACUGCGAAGUGCAUCUUCGGGGUUAGCUCGGGGAGGUUCCUUGGCUUUAUCAUUCACCAAUGGGGGAUAGACACCAACCCAGAGAAAGUGUUCGUGUUGCAUUUAGGUGACAAGUGCCUCCUCUUCUUCUGGGCUCUGCGAUGGGCCAACAACUUUACAUGGACUCCGGAGUGCGAGGAGGCCUUCAAAAAGUUGAAGGCAUGCCUCGCCCGCUUGCCCCGACUCGCCUCGCUCGAGCCGAGCGAGACCCUCGGUCUCUACUUGGCGGCCUCGAUCCUCUCCAACUUUGACGCAUCAGGUCGUAUGCUGCGAUGGCCGGUCGAGCUCAAUGAAUUCGACAUUCAGUACUCUCCCAGGACCGCCAUCAAAGCUCAAGCACCGGCUGAUUUCAUUUCUGAGCUAACUCCUGAAGACCAUGCUGUGGGGCGGGAGAAUAAUCAGAGCACGUGGACCCUGCAUGUGGAUAGCUCGUCCACUUUCGGAGCGACCGGGGUCAGGCUUAUCCUCAAAGGCCCGUCGGGAGAAACCUACGAGAGGUCGCUCCAAUUAAAGUUGUACCGAAGGGCCUUCUCUCAACCCCUCAUACGCUGCCUCGCGCCACCAGAAGCUGAGACGAUCCUCACCGAGCUCUACGAGGGGGGGCUCGAUCUCCUCGGGCCUUUCCCUCCAGCGUUGGGUCAGCGAUGCUAUCUCAUAUUUGGGGUUGACUAUUUCACGAAGUGGGUUGAAGUCAAACCCUUGGUCUCCAUUACCGAGAAGCAAGUCCAGAACUUCACAUGGAAGAAUAUCAACACCCGGUUCAGGAUCUCGAAGGCUAUCAUCACCAACAAUGGGACUCAAUUCAACAACACUAAAUUCAAGGCCUAUUGCCAGUCGUAUGGGAUCCAGUUGAAGUUUAGCUCGAUCGUGCACUCCCAAACCAACGACCAAGCCAAAGUGAUGAACCGAGCAAUUCUGGAAGGCCUCAAGAAGAGAAUCUUAGUCGCACAUGGUGCUUGGGUGGAUGAGCUUCCCAGCAUCCUAUGGGCAAUGCAAACGAUUCCCAAAACCACCUCGGGGGAGUCUCCAUUCAACCUGGCGUUCGGGACCAAGGCGGUCCUCCUGCCCGAGAUGUUAUUCCCGACCAUGCGCACCUCCAAUUAUGAGCAAGGAGACUCUGUGGAUGGACUCUAG